AUGUGUAUGUUAGAGAUUAAAGAAGAAGAUGAAAGAUGUUUACCUGAAAUAAAGGCUUGGAUUAUUUAUUAUAGUAAAGAGGAAUUUACUAUAUUUAAUAAAGAUAUAAAUAACGUACUUAAGGCUAUUAAACUGUUAGAACAGACUGCUAAUCUUGAAGAAAUUAAAAAAUCAAAAAUAUUUUAUUGUGAUUAUUUAUUAUACAAGAAGAUAGGAAGUAUAAAAUGUAUAUGCUGUGCUAUAAGUGAAAUAUUAUAUAUCUCUUAUUCUGAAUUAAUAGAGAUUGAAACUCGAAUAGUUAACGUGGAGAAAAGUGAGUCAUUUGAGUUUGUCAAGCCAGAAAAUGAGGGUAAGAUUAUUUCAAUAACUGGAACAAUAUGUUAA